ACACGUGGAAAGUUCCGGACUGACUGAAGGUCGACAGCAUUAGCGCAGUUUCCUAACAGAGAUCUUGUACUUGCUGUUGUAACUUAUAUUUAAAAAUGCCGAGAGGGAGCAGAAGCCGGACAUCUAGGAUGCCAGCUCCGGCAAGACGUGCUCCACCAUCCCCACCACCGAUGGCCAGGGCGGCACCACCUAUGGCCAGGGCGGCACCCCCUCCUUCUUAUGCCCCGGCUCCAACCCAGGCACCUCCCUCUGCCAUGGCUGCCCCAGCUGCAGCACCCAGGCAGCCGGGUAUGUUUGCCCAGAUGGCCACUACAGCUGCCGGGGUGGCAGUAGGCUCAGCAGUUGGGCACACUAUCGCCCAUUCCUUGUCUGGAGGUGGAGGUGGAGGUGGAGGACAGUCAGAGGCUGCCAGGCCUGACGUAACCUACCAGGAGCCCUACCAGACACAGCCCAUGUACCCUCAGCAGCCACAGUCCAUGUACCAGCAGGAGGUUGCACCCCAGCAGCAGGCUUGUUCCUAUGAACUCAAGCAGUUCAUUGAGUGCGCCCAGACCCAGAGCGACUUGAAGCUCUGUGAAGGCUUCAGUGAGGUGCUCAAACAGUGCAAAUUUGCCAACGGACUAUCGUGAAACUUGAGCAAAAACUGAUGGACAUCUAGCAGACUCCUAAAGAUGAAAUCCACAGGAAAUCAAUAAACUUGCUUCAUUGUGACAGAUGAGUGUUUGUCAUAAUCAUCAAUCAGCAGUAGUACCUGCUUUUUUCUUAGGAGAACUCUGCAGAACUUGUAAUCAUCCUUAUAAAUAAUGUUUAUUUUCAUGUAUUUUGCUUUAAUUUGACUAGUUUUCCUGAAUAUGUUUGAUCAGUUUCAAGUGCUUGACUUUAAUUGAACUUGUUGUAUUUGAAUUUGAAUUUAAAUAUUCAUCCACAUUUAUCUUCAAGUGAGCUGUAAUAACCUAACCCACCAAUCUCCCUCAUAUGCAUAAUGUCUGUGAAAUAAAUAAACGCCCAUAACCAGCAGGGUGUUCCAAUAAAGCAAUUGAGUCAUAAAAUACAAA